AUGGGGUCCCACAAUCUUCUCCAUCUCAGAGACGAUAUUUGUUUCGACCGGUACGGUAGAUACGGCCCGUACGGAUUGGGUUACAGCAUUGAAGAAGGCGGAACUGGUGAAGGAAUGUCGCACCGGCUAGACCCAAGGGUCGCGGACGUUUGGAAGAAGACCGGCCUUAUUGACUACAGAGAUAUCGACUGGGGCGAGGCGCAACACCGGUGUUACGAGUCAAACCAACAACAUUUCGUUGCCGGUGAUGGCACAAUUGAAUCGGGAAAGAAGAAGAGACAAGCCGUCGUCAUCCGGACUUACACCGGCUUCUUGUGGACGCAAUAUGCAAAGUUGAAAAUUCGCGCCUUGAUCAGCGAAACGGCUCUGAAGUCUGGCGGUGAGUAUGCGGUACAUCUCCUUUUGCACGUGAAGGAUGAUGAUAUUCCCAUCUGGGCAGAUGCAGUGACACGGCAAAGUGUGCUGGAUGAGCAUGUCCCAAAGGAGUUCCACUCGAUCUGCACAUUGUGGUCAGAGGCGCAAAUGAGGCUGUAUUACCCAGGGAACUUUGGAGUCUCUGUCGAAAACCCAUCGGGCGGAGACAUCCACAGUGUACAUCGCUCAGCACAUAUGCCACUUCAACAUUUCGCCGUCCAUCAUCCUGAAUAUGCGCAUUUCUGGAACUGGGAGCUCGACAUACGCUAUAUUGGUUCAUAUUAUGAACUUUUUUCCAGGCUUGGAGACUGGGCGGCAAGGCAGCCGCGCACCGGGGCCUGGGAGCGAUCAGCACGGUACUAUAUCCCCGCGCUUCAUGGUUCUUGGGAAGCUUUCACCGAAAACAUUCAACGCAAUCUGCGGACGAGCGGACGCCAACCCAUUAUGGGCCCCAUUGAGUUUGACAGAGAAGAGCAGGUCAAUUGCGUCAUGGAGGACUACCUGGGCGAAUCACGCAAGGGUGAUGCAAACGUUUCAUUGUGCGGUGUCGAUGAGCCAGCCGACUUGAUCACGCUCAACCCUCUAUUUGAUGUUGAGGACAGUGGCUGGGUUUUCAGCAAAGACAUCACCGGAUAUGACGUCAGACAUUCACUGCCUCCCCGGCGGUCGACCCUUGUGACAGCAAGCAGGCUUAGUUGGCGCCUACUUAAUACCAUGCAUCAAGAAACGUGGAAGAUGCACCAUAGCAUGUUCACUGAGAUGUUUCCGCAAACAGUAGCGCUACAUUAUGGCCUCAAGGCAGUCUUUGCCCCACACCCUGUUUACCUGGAGCGAUCCUGGCCUCUAGAAACCGUCGACAAGGUGUUCAAUGGCGGCAAAGACCACACGGCCGGUGGGCCAGGGAGUCCUUUUGCCUUUGCUAAUGAGCACAAUUUCAAGGGCACGACGUGGUACUAUCAUGCAGAGUUCGCUGGGCGACUAUGGCGCCGGUGGUUGAGUGAAAGGAAGGAGGGCGAUGUAGAGGACGAAAAGCAUGCUGACACAGAAGGACAAUCCCGGCUUUGUUUACGGAGCAUGCUGUUUCAUCCGAUCAAGUGGGAAUGA